GCGUCGGAUCAGUGAACUAAAACAAUCAACCUCUCUCCUCUGCUCCUGUUCCCGAACCGACCGCUCAGGCUGCAGAGGCUCAGCUCCAAACCCCCCCAGACUCGGCGAACACACACCCGGGUCCAGCAGCUGCGUUGCUGUCGUUGUCUCUCCACUUCCCACCCCCCCUUCCUCCGCACUCGGUUCUCGGCGCGACCAUCCAGCCCCUUACAGCACCAGAAGGAGCAGAACGGCACCGUCUGUCCGACCACACGAACCAGCAUGUCUGCUCAGCCCGGCGAGGACCUAGGCUCGGAGGGGAGGUGGUUCGGGGAUGACCGUGAGAGGAACGGCCUGAUGGGAAACACAGCGCCCAGGUUCGGGGAGGAAUUCAAGCCGAGAGGCGGCGAUGCUACGGCCGACCUGGAUCAUCAGCAAUUUCAUCCUUUCCAGGCGGACGGGAAAAGGCCCCCCGUUGCUAUGGAAACUGCAUCCACAGAUGAUCCCAUGUCUGGCCUGUUUAGGAAAUCCAUGAAUGACGAAGGUGAUGUGUACACCUCCCUGCUGUCCAAUCAGAGCUUCACAGCCUACCUGUCGGAUGACUUGAAGCCCUCCAACCACUCUGCUGGCUCGUCUCCCCUGGACGACUUCACCAGUGACACCUACAGCUUCACCUCCAAAACCAAGACCGCUUCCACCUUAUCUGACAUCCCGAAAUCCCUUCUGGGCUCAGACAAGACAGAUUCCUACAACUACAUGGAUAUCAGCCAUGGGGAGGAGCAUUGUGGGAGCAGGGGCUCAGCUGACCAUGACUUACUGGGGAGCUACAUGGAUCAGAACCCAGGAAGAGAUGAAGAUGAUGAGGAAAAUCUCGGUCCAGCACUGGGCUCCCACUCCUUCCCUUAUGUGGAGGACCCCUCUGAUGAAGAGCUGAAUGACUACCGCUCCUACCGGAACCUGGGCAGCACCCCACAGACAGCCAGCCCAGUGAAGAUCAGCCUGACCGGGUCCCAGCCUUCUAAAGCCGAGCCGCAGCUGCUCCCCUCUCCGGUUGGCGUGUCUGAGCGUGAAAACGUCCUGAGUGUGGGUCUGCAGGGGGUUCCCAUGGUGACCCUGUCUGAACCAGAGGACGACAGCCCUGCAUCCACUCCUAACGCUUCACCAACAAGGAAACAAUUUUCCUCUGAGGACAUGUUCAAGGUUGAGUCCAGAAAGCCUCCAGCUUCUAGAAGCAACCAAGGCCCAAAACCCAGCAGCAGGGACCACGAGGGGAGCAGCGCAGAGUCCGGAGACUCAGAGAUCGAGCUGGUUUCUGAAGAGCUUCCCAAGGCCAGUAGCCACUCAUUUACUGAGGAACCGAAGAACAAGGUGACCUUCAGUCAGCCCAACAACCCCUUUGACGACACCCCAGUUACCAAAGCUGGCUUUGGGCUUGCUGGUAGCCCUGCUUCACCCACAACCUACAGCAUUCUGAGGGAGGAGAGAGAGGCAGAGCUUGACAGUGAUCUCAUCAUCGAGUCUGCCUCAGAAGAAAGCCCCAAGAGAGAGCAGGGCAUUCAGGGCCCCAAGCAGGGAGCCCCCCUUCCCUCUCCUCUGGUUUCCUCCACCAGCCCUCCUCGCAGCACCCCUAAGGCUGUGCCAGUCCAGCCACUGAUUGCUGAAAAGGCCAAGAACCCUGUCAAAGCAGAGGAGGAUCGUCCCAGCAAGCCUAAGCCUCCGACUGCUGCUGUGCCUCCAGAGGUGAGAUCAGAAAAGCCACAGCAGGAUGACAUGCACAAACCUCUCCAGCAGGACAAGGAAGAGCUGGGAAAACCUGCUGUAGCCAUGUUGUUGGAGGGCUUCAACAAACAGAAAGCAAUUGACCUCCUCUACUGGAGAAAUGUGAAGCAGUCCGGUGCCGUGUUCAGCAGCGUCCUUCUGCUCCUGUUCUCCCUGACCCAGUUCAGCGUGGUCAGUGUCGGAGCCUACUUAGCUCUGGCGGCACUCUCUGCCACCAUCAGCUUCAGGAUCUACAAGUCCGUGCUGCAGGCUGUGCAGAAGACUGAUGAGGGGCAUCCUUUCAAGGGUUAUCUGGAGAUGGAGAUCGCUCUGUCUCAGGACCAGAUCAGUAAAUACGCCGAUAAGAUCCUGCUGUACAGCAACACCUGCAUGAAGGAGCUCCGCAGGCUGUUUCUCGUACAGGAUCUGGUGGACUCUCUGAAGUUUGCAGUUCUGAUGUGGCUUCUGACCUAUGUGGGCGCACUCUUCAAUGGCCUGACACUGCUCAUCCUAGCUGUGGUGUCCAUGUUCACUUUGCCUGUGGUCUAUGAAAAGCAUCAGGCCCAGAUUGAUCAAUACGUGGGACUAAUACGGACCCAGGUCAACUCUGUGGUGGUGAAGAUCCAGGCGAAGAUCCCCGGGGCCAAGAGGAAGGAGGAGUAAUCCUGGCCAUGUCACCUUGAAGCCGACGGUCCGGUCCAGCUCAGAGUGGGGCUGAUCAUCAUCUGUGGGGCGUAGUGCUUUGUCAUCUUGGUGUUCUCUGAAAGCAUCCACUGGAGAAGCCUUCACCCUGUCUAUAGCAGUCUAACACUAACAGUCACAGUACGUGUAUAAUCCUGCUUCUAGGUAGACAACUACACAACUCAAAAGACAAAAAAAGAACCUGUUUGUGUUGCUUAUUAUGAAGUGCAUGAAGUCGAGCCUUGGGUAAAUAAUAUUUGAUAUCUUUUGUGCAGUUUUGAAAAUCACGCUACAUUUUUGCUUUGCAGUGCUUACCACGAGUUGUAGGGUUUGGCCCAAAGCGGCAGAAAGCCCACAGACUUCCUCCGCUGCCAGUGUUCAUUACUGCUUCAUGUCUCUGAGUUAACAGUCGGGGCUUUUCUCAGUAUGUCAAUAUAUAUAAAUAAUAAUUUCCUUUCAGUGUUUCCAAGCACAAGAUAAUUUAUGAUAUGCGUGUUAGAUGUGGUUAAUUGUAGGAGUUUUGCUCUUUGUAAUAAUCUUAAGGAACAACACACACGCUCACGUUAGAUACUGUUGUACAAGUAUGAAGACAAGAAGUAUCUGGUGAUAUUAAGCUUGUUUGAAUAACUGUCCAACUUUGUAUUUUGUUCAGCUAUACUCUGUAGUUUAGACCCUGGACUCUUAACUAUUUGCACUUACAGUAUGUAUUUAAUUACAGGAAUAAAAAAAAUAAAUGUACCUUGAUGUAA